CCUGAAGCAGACCAAAAGCUGAUUUAUGCUGGAAAGCUGCUGCUGGAUCACCAUUAUCUGAGAGACUUGCUGCCAAAGCAUGGGGAGCUGCAUGCUCUGCACCUGGUGUACAACUGGAAGACUCCUGCAGAUGUGCAAGAAACACCUGAAGAGGUUAGAGCUGCUCAGCCAGUACUGUUGUCAGGAGCUAGUCAAGAACAGUCUGUAUCUUCCUCAAGCAGUGAAAGACUGAGAUGCUCUUCUGGUGGUCGGGCUUCAGCAGAAGCCAGUAACAGGCUGGAAACAACUCAACAUCCAUUCCAAAGUGUGGCUCCUGGCUUCUCUGCUUAUGCAACCUACAGCAUGCUCCAGAUGUCCUGGUUUCAGCAGAUUUAUGCACGACAAUAUUACUUGCAAUACUUGGCUUCUACUGCAUCUGCUGACUCAUCCCAUGCACAAUGUUCUCAGGAGAUACCCGUGGCACCAGUGACACCUCCAGCUCCUCUCCCAGACCCAUUUCCUGCACAAAACCAGCCUGGAAACCAGAAUGCUGCUGCCCAGGUCGAUGCGGCAGCCAACCAGAACUUGCAGAUGAAUGCCCAAGGAGGUCCCCUCAUGGAGGAAGAAGAGGGUGGCAAUCGAGAUUGGCUGGACUGGCUCUACUCAGCAACACUGUUUUAUGUGUUUGUCAACAUCAUCUAUUUCUACUCCAGUGUCAGCAGAUUCCUCCUGGUCAUGGGUGGCACUGUUCUGAUGUAUCUGCACCAUGUUGGGUGGCUUCCAUUUAGACGAAGACCAGUCCAGCCCUUCCCAGCCAACGUUGCUCCUCAAGCUGCUGUAAACCAGGACCAGAACAAUAACUUACAGGGGGGAAAUGCAGGCAGAGCGGGUGAAUCCGAGGCAUCUCCUGAUGGACGAGGUCUACAGGAACUGCAGCAGGCUAAUCCCUCAUUUAUGAGCACAGCGUGGGUUUUUUUCAAGACUUUUUUUGCGUCCCUCCUCCCCGAAGGGCCUGGAGUGACCCGCAACUGA